CGACAAUCAUCAUUCGUCGAACAUCGGUCGUACGUGUCGUACGCGUUCUUCUUAACCUAUACUUAUAAUAUAUAUAUAUAUUUAUAUUAUUUUUUUUCAAUUUACAUUCUCACUUUCAUAAUAACACGUUAAACGGAAACAGAGACGCUCACGUGUUCUCGAUUUAACAUAGAUACCUAAGGUAUAAACUCCAUCGAAACUCGCAGAUCGAUUCAGCUGCAAUAAGAUGCCCAAGUACACGGACUCAGGUACAUAUACGAUUUAUAUAUAUAUGUUAAUAUAUUAUUGUUAUAUUAUAAGAAUUAAGUGAAUAAUGUAGCAGUGGUUCACGACGGUGACUUUUUAGAGGUACAUUUGUUUUAAUGAAAACCAUUAGUGGCGUUUAGUCGGAGAUUAUUUAGUAGAAUUUUGGAACGCGCCGGUACAUCCGGCGUAAUAUUGGAAGGAUAGAACGUUCCAUCAUCUGAUAUUUAAAAAUUAACUGAAUGACUAUUACGCGUGAUACGAUCACACAAGUUUUUGCCACGCGACUGAUUGUACAUGACAGUCAUUUGCUAAUUUUAAAUACCAAAUGAUAUCCCUCGUGAUAGAACAAGCAUUUGUAAUGUGAGAAGAUAAAACUGUCCAUAUAAAUGAGGUUUACAUAUGAUUUUAUAAAUAAUAGAGUGUCUCCAGUCAUUUUAAAAAUUAGACCUCUUUCUUUUGCAUAUUCAGCUGAGCAUGUACUUUUAUUUUAAAUACGUAUGCGUUAUUAUAAUAUUUAUAAUUCCGUAUAAAAAACGAAGCGAUUAUUUAUCAGUCAAAAGUCUCUCAGUGUAUGAGAAGUGUAUUAUAAAAUAAUAAUAACAAUGUUAGAAAUUUGUAUACUAUUAUUUGUAUGCAAAGUAAUUUUCUUAAUUGAGAAUAAUUAUUUUUCGGAUUUCUAUAGGUACUGGUGGUCGAUUUUAAAACAUGACGUUAUAUUAUUAUAUAUAUAUACAUAAAAAAAGAAUCGAUUUCUGUAUAAUUGUAGAAACACAAUAUACAAUAAAAUAUUACAUUAUUAUACGAAAAAUCUGUAUGAAAGAAAAUCGAGUCAAUUGUAAAUUAUUAUCUAACAACAUAAAACUAAGCAUUAAAGUUUUAUUAAACUCAAACGAACUAACUAACUACCUACAGGUUUAAUUAAUAGGAUUAGUAAAAGCGAUAUAUCUAUCAAAAUAGUAAAUAUUGUAUAUUAUUUUAUUUUUAACAUUUGUUUGCAAAAGUAGAUUAUGUUGUGUGUAAUUUACCGUAAUGAUACAACAUUAUUAUUAUGUUAUGUUAAGUACAAUAUAGGCACCGACUAUAGAAAUAUUUUUAUUGGUACUUAAGAUGCAUUUAAGAAAAUUAAAUUUUAAAACUAUAUUAUACUUACACGUGAAUUUGAUUACUAAAGAGGCCAUAAUUUCUUUUCUCUGUCUUUUAGAAAUUUCGAAAAUUUCAAUUCGAAUGUCGAAAAACAAUUAAUGGUUUUUAUUUUUAAAAUUCAAUAAAUUAUACCUUUAUUGCGAUUACGCAUAGUGAAAGCAUUAUAACAAUAAUAUUCGUCUAUUUUAUGGUUAAAUAUGUACGCCCCACGAUGUCGAAUUCAUGUAGGAAUUUGAUUAGAAUUAUUUAUCGCCUUCAGUAAAGUUUUGGGAGAUGUGUGUCUUUUUUAUUUGUUUCGUUUUUAUUUGAGAGAUUUUUCAACGCAUACACUAGUAAGUAAUUUGAAAACAAAUACAGGCGAAACUCUAAUGAAUGGACAAUGGUGGCCUUAGGGUAAAAAUUAAUUGGAUACAUGUAAUCAUCAAUUAUUUUAUAACAAUGUUUAAAUAUUUACUUAAAAAAAAAUAAAUCAAUACAAUAUAAUUUGAAUGUAUUUAUGAAAAUUUACGACAUACCGAUCGAAGUUGCACAAUAACCAACAAAACAGUAAACAGAAUUCGGUGGAAGUAUACCAGGUAAUUUAUUUAAGUAGAUACACUCAUUAUCUCGGAAAGUAUUAACUUUUUCCGAAAUUUAUUUUAUAGAAUAUUUAAAAAACAAGCUGCUCUACAAUUUUAUAUGUAUGUUAUUUUUUGUCACCCUUAUUUUUGGAGGUAAAAUUACUACUUACUUUUGAUUUUUAAAUUGCAGCCUAUAUUAAAAUGUCCAUAAAUAAAUUGAUUAUUUGUUAAAAUAAAUUUUAGUGUUGACAUUUUUGAUUUCUAUCAGGCCGUUGACGAGAUAUUCCACUUUUAAUUUUAGGUUGGAGGAGAGUAGUGGUAUAUUAUUAACACGUCGCGCGCUGUACUGCCACACUGAUGAUACUCCAACAGUCCAAUCCAAAUUUAAAAGUGGAAUAUCUCGUCAACGAAUCAACAGAAAUUAAAAAUUUCAACACUCAAAUUUAUUUUAACUAAUACUCAAUCUAUUUAAGGAAUUUUUAAUGUGGGCUGCAAUUUGAAAAUCAAAAGUAGGUAAUGGUUUUACCCCCAAAAAUAAGAGUGACAAAAAAUAACACAAAUAUAAAAUUGUAGUGCAUCUUGUUACAUAAAUGAUCUAGAAAACAAAUUCCGAAAAAAGUUAAUAGUUUCCGAGAUAACAAGUGUACCCACUUAAAUUAAUCACCAGGUAUAACAUAGAAUCAUUUCAGAGGGGAGGGGGAGAGGAGAGAGUAAUAUAAAAUCAUAAUCAAAAAUUGUAUUUUAUUAUAUUGAAGAUUCGAUUAAUUCGUGGUUAAUUUUGGGGGGAGUGUGGGCUCUGCAAUAUUUUAGAUUGGUAAUAUAGACACACACAGAUUUAUAACAACGCACAAAAUGGAAUUUAAAACAAUAUACAAACUCUUGACUGAACGACCACUCUAGUUAAUCUAGAAAAGUAAAUACUUGCGUACCUAUCUAUGCGUAUAACAAUACGUGAUUAAGCGAUUGUUUGUAUUGGUUUUACUAAGAUGUUUAUUUUUUUUUUAUUGUUUUUUUAUCAUGUGUACAAACAUUUGACCAUAAAUCUUGCUCAGAUAUGUACGCGCGGAACUAUUUUUAAAGAAAAUGUUGUCCAGAUGGUACUUUUGGAGAGUCAUUUUUUGAUUUUUCAAGCGGUUUUCAUAAUAUCUGGGAAAUACCAGGAUAAAACGUAAGAAAAACGGGAAAUGUACGAAAUUAAUACUUUUAUAAUUGUAUUAAUUUUGUUAUUUGUUAUAAUUCAGUUAAAAAUAUUCGUAGAGACUUGAAAUUCGGGAAAAAAAAUUAUAUUUGAUUUUACUAGACGUGGUAAAAUUUUCAAAAAAUUUGAGCUAUUUAUAGACAUUUUAAUUUUACGAUUUCUGUACGUAAUUUGUAUUCGGUAGGUACUCAGUGGUAAAAUUGGAUUAAUGCUUGAAAAUUUAACAGAAAGUUCAUUAAAUCUUACUUUGUAGUAAAAAAAAAAAAAAAUUUGUUGAAUGUAGUAUUUGUUUUUAUAAAGGAAUUUUGAUAUUACAUUUCGACGGUUGUUUGAGUAAACAAUUAUGUGGUACAAAUCUAAUUUUUCAAUUUUGUUUUUUUUAACAUAUGUGUAUUGCUGAUUUAAGAAGGUUGGUAAAGUCAGAAUUGAGCGGACUGAUUAAGUUUAGAAAUUAUAAAUUUUUGAAGUUCAGAUAUUAUGCAGAUAUUACAUGUUUAUGUUUUUUUUUUUUUUUUUUUCAUAUGUCUUGUUUAUGUUAAAAAAACUCUAUAUUGUCUCUUUACAUAUACAUUUGUUGUAGACAAAUAGUUAUGAAUACGUAUUGUCAUACCAAGGAUCACGGGUCUAAACCCAGGGUUUGAAUAGCAAUGUUUGCACUUUUUUUUUUAGCUUUUACCUAGAUAGGGAAAAAACAAAUACAUUAUAAGUAUACCUAGAGACCUAGCUAUCGCUAGAUAGUCGCACGGACGACUUUAAUCGAAAAAUAGCCCUUGAUUUGUCCUGCACACUUUUCUACCAGAAAUCUUGCUGUCAUGUAAUAAGUGUAGCUUAUUUUCUGAAAGGAAAAUUUAUCUUCAUAGUUAAGAGAGGUCUUUUUUGUAAUUUUUCAAUCGGUUUUCAUAAUAACUAGGAAAACCGGGAUUAAAUGUCUAAAAACGAAAAAUGUACGAAAUGUAGGUAUUAGUAAAAAAAUAUUAUGGCCUUUUUUUUCUGUGUACAACUUUUUUACCAGUAAUUUCGCUCCGAUUUACAAUGAUAGCACAUUUUCUGAAAAUAAUUCUGACUGAGAAGGUACUAUAGACAGGUCAUUUUUCGAUUUUUCCAAGAGUUUUCUUAGCAAAUGUGAUAAUCUGAGGAAAAAUAUGGGAAAACCGGGAAAAAAGAUACAAUAUCAAAUAAAUAUUAUUAAAGAAAAUAUAUAAUACCCAUUUAACUAUUUUACUAUAAUAUGACAUAUUUUUGUUGACAAAGCAUCACUAUCAACUGAACUGCGCUUAGAAUCGUUUUUUCGUUAGCAAUGGUUUAUUGUUGCUUACAGAUAUACAUUAAAUUACCUAUAACAGUGACUGAACCCGUCUCCAUUAUUCUAGGACGUCUUUUUUUGGAACAUAUUUUAUAGACAAUUUAAUAAAUAAGCAGCUCUAAAAUUUUAUAUUUAUAUUACUUUUUGUCACCCUUAUUUUUAAGGAUAAAACCACUGUCUACUUUUGAUUUUCAAAUGACAACCUAUAUUAAAAAUUCCACAAAUAGAUGAAGUAUUAUAUAAAAUAAAUGUUGGCGUUAAAAUGUUUGAUUUCUAUCAAUCCGUUGACGAGAUAUUCCACUAUUAAGUUUUGAUUGGAGGAGAGUAGUUGGAGUGUAAUUUGGUGAAAGGGCGCGCGGCGUGUUAAUAAUGCACCACUACUUUCCCUCUACCCUUGCUUAAAAAUAGAAUAUCUCGUUAACGGAUUGACGGAAAUAAAAUAUUUCAACAGUAAAAUGUAUUUUAUCUAUUAGUCUAUCUAUUUGUGGAAUUUGUAAUAUUGAUCGUUAUUUUAAAAUCAAAAGUAGGUAGUAGUUUUACACCCAAAUAUAUUCUCACAAAAUACACUAAAAUGAAAAAGCCGUAGUUUCGGUGUUUCUGGUUAGUUUUAUCAGAGUUUAUCAAAGCAAAGAGACAUAUACAUUAUACUUUUAAUAAAGUAGAACAUUGAAUAUGCUUUUAAUGAAUGAUUUUUAUCAAUUUUUAUAUUUAUAUUUUUACUAAGUAUUUUUAAUUUAAUUUAAUGUCCUUUAAUUUGAACCAUCAAUAAUUUAUUAAGUUAUAAAAGCAUCAAGUAAAGUAUCGGUAAAAACACAGUUUAUACUCUUCUUUAUAAAAUAGCCGUUUGCCCCAAACUUAACCUGAUAAUUGCCUUUGUCGCUGUAAUAUUAUGCACGAGACAAACAGAAAAUAAAAUAUCAGUGCAGAACCAACGUUCUCCUUUUAUAUAACGUUUUAAAAUAAUAACCGAAACUCAAAAAAAAAAAAAAACUAUGUUAAACUAUUUACCUAUAUUUUAAGACUAUUGUAAUUAUUAUAGUAUUAUAAUCAAAGCGUAUGCGUAUGAGUUUCCUCGAUAACAUGUUUUUAUUUUUUUUAACAUAGUACACCAAUAAACCAAUAACAAAUUAUAUCUAACGUGUUGAAUUAUAAUAUUAUAAAGUUGUAAACAAUAAAAAUAAUUGUUAGGCUAGACGUUGAUAUGAGGGAACUAUUUGUUUUUAUUUUAGACAGUACAGCUGCGCAUAAAAAUAUUUUUAAAAAUACCUAAAAACAAAUUUGCACAAAUAAUACUCUUAAUAUACGCAUAAUCACGACAUUAUUGACUACACAUUUGACAAUAAACAUUGUUGAGCAAUAGGUACCAUGAAUUUAGGGCUGCGCGAUUAUUUUCAUGAAUCAAUUAUUUUUCGUUUUUAUAAAUAAAGCUAAUAAUAAUAGAUUUAAUCAAUGCCGAUUAUUAAUCGAUUAUAAUUGAUAAAUAAUUUGAGUAGAUUAUAAUCGAUUAAAAUCUGUGUCGAAUAUAAUUGAUUUUUAAUCGACAAGUGGCCUAAAAAUUUUCAAUAGGAGAGGAUAUAGCAAAUAUGAAUCGUAAAAUCGUCUUCUCCACCCAACUCGAUCAUGGAAAUUGGUAAUUUAAAAGCCGGAUCCUAAAAAAAGCCAAUUUCUAAUCAAUACAUAAAGCUUUUCCUCAUAACUUUUCUGAAAUAUAUGCAUUUCGAUAUUAAUUUAGUUAUAUUUUUUACAUUUUUAAGCCAACGGGGAGGAUAUAACCCCUAAUAUCCCUCCCUAUGUACGCUUCUGUAAUCGAUUAAUAAUUGAGUCGAUCAUUUAUUUUUUUAAGAUUACCAGAUGAGAUCUAAACAGAUUUAAUUAUAUUGCACGGGUCCCAAUAAUUUAAUAAGCCUAAUACUAUUGAGUGUCUGAAUUGUCGAUAAACGUGCUCUGAAACAUUGCCGCAAAUGACUUUAGGCUGGUCCCACAUGAUUUGUGAACUUGACGAAUGUAUACUCGGCGAGUAUAAUUGCGAAUUUUGUACGAUGUAAGAUGUUUGUAAUUAUGUACAACUGUUAUGUAUAGUAAUAUUGAGAAUGGUGCGGUGACCAGACAAUAUGCGUGUUUCUUUAUUAUUUUUUACAAAUUAAAAAUUACAAGGUCAAUAGGAAAUAUUCAAACUCAGUACAAUCAAUCAAUCUUAAAAUUAAAUUUAGUCUUGUAUUCUUACAUACAGUUUUAAAAUAAUAAAUUUUAAAUAUUAACUAUUAGACAAAUUAAACAAAACAAAUUGAUAGGUGCUUUCAUUCUAAGUAAAUUGUUUUUAACCGAAUUUUGUCUUUCAUUAUAAUCGACAAAAUGUUUUACAUAUUAAGUAUUUGUAAACAUAAUUAAUCGCGCAGCUCUACUCUUAAUACUGGUGUUAACGCAACACUCUCGGCUAUCUAUAUAUUUGAUUGUAAACAUUGUUAAGCAAUAGAUACUAUGACAUAAUAAUUAUCAUCAUGUGUAACGAUAUUCACAUGAGGAUGUUUAUUAUUCUCAACACUUCUCUAAUAGCUCAAGAUCUAUUGGUCGACUGCAGUUAGACUAAUACAGGAUCGUAAAAUUACAAGUAGGUAUGUACGGGACCAUAAGAAAUGAUCUGAAAACCGAACUGUUGCUAUAACUAUCAUAAACAAUAUUUCUGUCAAUUCAACGUGGAAUUAGAAAGUAGCACAGGCCAACGUAUAUUUUUAGAAGAUUUGAUAAAACAACUUUUUACGUUUAAAACACGCAUAUGAAUAAUGUACACGCGUUACCUGCGUACUGUAUAGGAAUUUAUUUAACUUAUUAUUUCGAGUAUUUUUGUUUUUAAAUUUGUAUUUCGAAUAACAUUUUAAACGUAUAAAUCUCGAUAAUUACUGGAUUUUCUUCUAUAACGUAUUAUAUAGGUAAGGUGUAAGUGUAAUAAUUAAACGAUUAUGGCUCUUAUAGGUACUUUCUCCGUUUUAUAUUGGUUUAACUGUGACGAUAAAAUUUGUUCCAAUCGAAAACUGAUAAGAAACCUUAUUUUGUUGAAUUUUGGAUUUAUUUGGAGCAUUGGGAAGUCAUUUUUUGAUUUUCUAAUUGGUUUUUAUAAUACGUAGUGAAAACCGGAAAAAAUUGUACGGUGUAGUCGAUUUUAUCAUUUUCAAUUUGUAAGCUUUGUGUUUUCUAUUAGAAAUAAUGCGCCGAUUGAGAAACAACAAGAUACUUUUUUUGUUUAUGUUGAACUUGUCUUCUUUGAUGAAUACAAAAUUUGUUUUUUAAUUUUCAAUGUAUUUUUCUUAAUAAUUUAGGAAAACCGGAAAAAAAACGUAGAAAGAACGGGAAGGUUCAUUAGAAUCAUUUUUCGUUAACAAUGAUUUGUAGUUGCUUACAGAUAUAAAUUAAAUAACUUUAUGUAUCCUACCUUUCCAACUUCCCGUGGAAAAAACCAUGCCUUUUCAUAAGAUUUAAUUAAGUUGCGUUUAAUGCAGAGAUUCCAAUUAUAAAGCACUUUUCAAACUUGUCGUAUAAGAAAAUCUAAAUCAACUUAACCUAUGUUUCUAAAACCCAUAGUGUCAAUUACGUUAAGUCACUUUUAUUUUGAAAUCGAUAAAAAAAACAGCAAAAUGUUGAACAUUAAAAUAUCAAAAUUACGUUAAACAACACAGAGUAACACUCAGCAUCUUACGGUAGUAAAAUGUCGGUUCUGCGGUUUCAGUUAAAAUUAAUUUUUACACUACUGAAAAGUUCUGCAACAUCUAUUUAAUACCUUUUUCAUACGCACUCGCGUUUAUACCUACAGGUUCAUUAAAAUAAUAAUAAUAAUAAACGCUAUAAAAGAAAACAAAACAAACAAAACGUACACGCGUUCCAAUAGGCAAAACAAUAUAACAUUGUUUCGAAUCUUUUACAGGUAAUAAUCAUGUUGUGUAAUAAUAUAACAAAACGUAUAUAAUAGGUAGGUACCCACUUGUUCGACGAGAAUUACAACUGGCAAUCCGACCAAGCCAAUACAUUUUUAUUUUUUUUUUUUUAGAAAUCUCCAUCGGGAACUGUAAUAAUUUUGAAUAAAGUUAUAUAACCGAAGGCCGUCUUGUCUCAAAAAAUAAUAAUAAUGUUAUUACCUAUAAUAUAUACUCGUGUACAAGAAGACAUCCACGUUCGCAUCGCGGAAUUACCAGUUCUCGUUUUGCCGUCCCAUUGUAGAUAGGUAGGUAGAUGGGUACAUAUCUCUUUCGAAAUUGCAUAGUAGAAAAGCGUUAAUGGAUCAUACUUAUAUAAUCUUAACAUAUUCAUAUUAUGUUAUUAUGCCACAAUAGUUCCGCUUAUGUUAUCCUUAUAGGUAAAUCUGCACAUUUGAAUAAUCUGCAAACAUUCACUAUCGCGAUAUUGUCAUCACUAUAAUAAGCCACUACAACACGCGAAUUCAGAAAAUUUGGUGUUAGGGUUUUAGCCGGAUAACCGAUUUAUAAUUUGUUGCCAUUUAUUUAAUUGUUUUGACAUACAUUAUAAUAUGUAGAUGUAGGCGAUUCUUGCGCCAACCAAAUAAUUCAUAGGAGCUUCUACGUAGAAUAUUUUAUCUAGUCGGUUCAUUUAGAAGAGUCAGACGAUUAUUUUAAAUCUCCUAAUAGUUUUCUGAAAACUGCUAAUUUUUGUUGAUUUCAAAAUCGUUUUUUGAUAGCAAUGGUUUAACGUUACGUAUUGGAACUAAAUUCCUCUAUAUGGGUAUUAAAAUAUAAUAUAUUCCAUCCAACUUCCCUCUUGAAACAUUGGCACAUAAUAUUAGUAUAUUUACUAACUAAUAACUAUAGAUGGUAGCUAUACGUACAGAUUCUAAUGACGACGAUAGCGGGAUAUUCUGUAGUUUUAGAAAUCCCCCCUAAUUUUACCUCUUUACAUUCAACGCAAUUUACUUAAUUUUUUAUAUUAUAUAUUGUUAGGCAUAUGAUUACCGAAGAAUAUGGAAAUUUUAUUCGAUAUUCGGUCGUUUAGAAAUCUAUAUCGUGGUAAUCGGAUCGCCCGGUUUGUCGCGGUUUAUCACGGUAUCAAUAAUUUAUUUAGUAUUUUUUCGUUAUUUCCGAAAAUCUGUCCUUACCCAGAAAUUUGGUGAUUUGGUGAUAUGUUUUUUUUUUUUUUUUUACGACACGUUAAACCUUCAGGUCAUAUAUAAUUGCUUCGCUGUCUGCGUCGACGAUGAUGAUUAUGCUGUUCGAGUUUCUUCGUGCGUUUCUACGACGAAUAUAUAAUAUAGUUUCGAUAGUUUUGUGUCAGACGCAUACACGCACUAUACAAAUACACACUUACGAUGAUAAAUUAAAUUCUUCGAAUUUAGAAAAAGAUUGAUUGAGAACCGAUUCCCAGUGCGAGUCGAAAAGGCGGACGUGAUGCCAGCGUGGCACGUCCGAAAUAAAACGUUCUCCCGGUUUGUUUUUCCGCUUUAUGAUAAAUUACAAGUAUACAGAGCCACAGAGGAAUGAAUUAUUAUUAUAACUGUAGAGUGAGCAGCAACAGUCGGCCGCGGUUACAAUUAAUAUUCGCGACUCGAUAGUAAUAUAAUAAUAUAGUACGCGUAUAGCCGUAACAAUAAUAUACGAUAAUAUGGAUUGUAACAUUAUUACUCACUCGCCGAGUGAAUCGACAAUUAUUAACGAUUACGAUUAAUGAUUGUGUAUUAUACAGUAAUGAGUAAUGAGUAUACCUAUACCGCAUAUCACGGUACCGGUACCAAUCAGUGCAUGUACCUAUACAAAUAUAGUAAAUACAAUCUCCCGGGUGUAAAUUGUGUUUAUAUUUCGAGAACGAUUAGUAGACAGAAACAAAAAAUAUGGCAAUCAAUUAUCAAUAGCUUGUACACAACGACUACUAUAAUCGGCGAUUGAUAAUCGCUACUUUCAAUAUGUAAUGCGCUACCGCUAUCGCUACAUUUCUGAAAAAAAAAAAAUAAUGCGUUCUUUACCUAGAAUCAUCGUCACUUACUACCUCCCCAUAAAACCGGCAAUAUAAAUGUCGUUUUAUUUUAUCUGUAGGCGCAGCAACGGUUGAAUUUGAAAUAAUAUUAAGAGCUAUCCGCAUGUGUCAUCUCCGUCUCACUAACGAAUGAUAUAGGAAACUAUUGCGUUCAACAGGGACAACUUUGUUGCUGUUAGUUUUGAUAUUAUAGUGAAUUGGAUAUUUGUCAGGCUCACAGAUAUGAACAUUAUCUGUGCAACAUUGAAGCUAUUUUUUCAAUAGUUUAAUUUUCAAAUAAGUUGUAAAAUCUUUAUUAAACUGUGAUAUUUAUCACUCUAAGAAAUUAAAUUAUCGAACAAAUUUUGCUAACGUUGCACAGAUAAUGUUCUUGUCUUUGAGUUUGACGAUUAGUCAAUUCACCCCAAUAAUAAUACAAACAGCGCAAUGUUAUCCGCGCUGACCGCAAAUUUGCCACGUCUUAAACAAUUAUAAAACGGAGACAACGCGUGCUGCAGGUACCACGGCCUCUAAGAGAUGCGUGUAGGUACCGCACACUUUCGGAACACGUUGUAUUAAAAUGUUAUUAAUAUAGAGCAAAUUACUCACGGAAUACCGGAGGAUUUUCACUGGAGAAAGUAAACGGAAAUAUAUGCAGUUAAUUAUUAUGGGUACAUGAAAUGUAAUUUUAAUGAUUCAUAAUAUUAUAACGAUACGAUUUACAAAUGCAAAACACUCACUGUUAACAGUUAUUGUAAUAAUAUAUAUGCGUGCGUAUAACAAUGUAUUUAAGUUAUAGUAGAACUAUAACUUUAAUGUUUAUUUAAAAAAAAAAAAAAAAAAAACACAAGUUUUAUCAGUCCGCGGCGGUUUUUGCCGUGUUCCAAAUACGCUCAAUUCGUAUUCGAAUAAAAUACAUUUAAAAAAAAAAACACGAAAUCGUACAUUAUACGAAUAUAAUCAGUGCUAUAACCGUAAAAAAAACAGCGGGUAUACUAUAAGUUAUAACGACAUCAUCAUUAAGUACAAAUCUAAUGUUCUCGAGUGCAUUGUCUAAACUAAUGUUUUAGUAGAGGGUAAAAUACUCGUAGUAAAUUAACUUAUGUUUUCGUCGUAAUCAACCAAAAAUGAAAAUAAUAAUACCUUGAUAUAAUUUUAUAAUAUAUUUUGUGAUUUCACUAUAACAGAUAGUAUACAUUAUAGUAUAUACAUACAUUACAUACAGUAUACCCUCCACUAUACCCUUGAACAUAAUACGGUGUAAUAAUAGGAAAAAAAAUUUUUUCGAAAAUUAUGUCAAAUUUCGUAUUCAUAAUUAUUACAUCUACAUAUAAAAUAUUACGUAGGUAUAACGUCGUCAUUGCGUUCAAGAAAAUAAUUUAAUUGCUUCCAGCCUUGAACAUUUUGAUCAAUAUAUUGUUUUUAAUAUGAUAUAAUUAUAAUCAUUAUAGAAUAAAAUUAUCCGUUUGAAUUUUUACAUUUAGUAAACGUACGAGAAAAUAUUUACACAAUAUUGGUCAAACAUAGAUACGAUAAAUUUGCGUAAUCUAUUUAGAUUAUUUAUUUUUAUGAAGAUAGACGAUAUUUUAUAGUGAUUAAUUAGAAUCCAGCCCUGAUUUACGUGUGCCUCCCGAGCGUAAGACUAAACGAAUAUAAAUAAACAAUUUUAUCGAACAACAAUUUUAAACUCGAAACAUAUUUACCGAAUAUUUGAAAUUUUUUAAUUCAUAUUUCAUAAAAAAGGUAUUGUGGUAUAUUAUUAUUUCGAACUAGAAGCCAAAUUAUUCCAGCAUAUAGUAUAAAAGCAAAUAUGUAGAAAAAUAAUGUUAAUUGUAUUAUUCUUUUUAGAGAUUAACAUUUCUUUUGAAUUCGAUUAGUAAAUAGAUUAUUCAUGUGGAAAUUUAAAUGCGGCUAAAAAUUAUUACAAACUAUAUACUAUUUUAUUAUCGCCUGUCGGUUUUAAAGGAGAAUAUUGAUUUAUGAUGGAAAUCGUCCCGAUGUUUUAAAAUUCAAAUAACUGACUACAGCUAUUAAUUUAUUACAAUUUGCGUUUAUUUUUGGAUUUUAAUUUAACAAAUGAUAUACCGGUGUAGUGAUGACGGUGCACUCGUUUUAUUUAAGUUAACAAGUUCCAACUUAUCAAGUUCCUAUGUAAUCUCGUGCGUCUUGUAUCUACCUAUAUAUGUAUAUACUGUGCUCGUUAGUAAUCAUGAUUUCUUUAAAAUGGCUCGCGUCACCCCAACAAACUUUCUCUUGUAUUUCAUCACCGACCGUGUAAUUUUACGAUACACGCGAGAUUUUCAAAACGAAAGGAAAACGCAAUGGCAUAUCGGUUGAAACUUGGAAUUUAAUUAUGAGAUUUACGACCCCCGACCAAAAAAUUCCGUAGGUAUAUUUCAAUGUGAAUGAGCACAGAUACAAACGUGCAUAUUCGACUCGUCCAAUUUCCAGGAUCCUAUAUCGGGUGAGUGUCAGUAGGUAAUAACAAGAAUUAUCGUAUUGUAACUCGUGACUUCGACAAACGUUUCACCACGACUCGUAUCACCCCAACAGACUUUCUAUUGUCGCCAUCGGAAGAAUGAGCAUAAUAUAAUACUUCAAUGUAUACUAACACUAUUAUAUAUUUAAUUUUUUUUUUGUUUUUUCUCAGAAAAUACUUUUUUGGUUAGUAAGGAGGCUCCAAAUUAUUCACAUUGUACCUUGAUGCGAAUUUUCGAUCUUUGUACUUGAUUUGAAAAAAAAAUAAAGGUUUAGAUAUUCAUAUUUUCUAUAAAGUUAAAUUAACUAACAAUAAAUGUCGAUAUAUUGCUUUUUAUUUGUGUUGAUUUUAUAAUUACCUUAGCUACGAGGCAAAAAAAAAAGGCCAACUAAUGUACUAGCGUAGAAGUCUACACUCAGAAUCGAUUUUUCGUUUGCCUUGAUUUAUAAUUACAUAAUAAGUAUAUAAACUAUAAACUAUCUUUUAUAUUGUUUUUACCAAACUAUCCAUUUACAACAGUGGUCUUUAACGUGAGGCCAUGAGCAGUAUUUACUUUUUGUUGAUUGCCCCAUUCUGCUAUAUUAUAUCAAUAUAUUAAUAUGUAUUUUAAACCAUGGAGAAUGAUAGUUAUAUCAAUUCGUAUAACAUGUUUUAAUUACUGACCCGAAAAUUGUGGUAUUGUGUUCCCAAUUCGUGUUUUAAAUUUACCUGAAUCAGGUACCUACAUAAUAUUUUAUUGCACGCUACGAGUGAAAGUAACUAGGCGGGGCAACCAAAUCUGGUUUAGAUCAGCGCAGUAUACUCCAAAAAAUCACCCGGAGUCUAUACUAACAAUAGAAAAAUAAUUUUAAAUGUUUUACUGGGGUAGUGAUUCACGUUUCACGCAAUCAAAAUGUAUGGAUCUAAACAUCCAUAUUUUUUAACAACCAAAUGCAGGUUUGUUCAAGUGUAACAACUGUUUAAGCCAGAUAAAAUCUCAAAUCACUCUUUCAAAAUUAAGUGUAUAUAUAUAUUUAGUGGUUCAGAUAGGCAGAUAGAUGCACAAUCAACAAGUAAUGAAAAAAAUAUAAUAAUAUAGGUAAUUGUAGAAUGGAUAAUAUGAAAAUAUUAUUUAUCAAAUAUGUGGGAAAAAUGAUAAUUUUUAGUAUUUUUCUUAAGUGAUGUCACAAAUGUAGAAAGUUAUAUAUAGUUCAGGUUUGUUACGCUUAAACCGUUACGAUAUUUUUUGUUGCUUACUGACAGGCAGGCAACGGAUAAAAGUAAAUUUAAAAAAAAAAAAAACCAUAAUUAUCAUCACGUCAAAACGCAUUGAAUAUAAUCUCAUAAGUAUAAACAAAACCUGUGACCAUGUCCGCUGCCCGUAAUUCCAACUUCCUAGCAGGUAUAAUAAUUAGAUUACCAACUUAAUUAAUCUACUCAGUACACCAUAAAAAUAUAUAAUUACUAUUUUUAACUACUUAUAUAAUUUUACAAAUUCUAAAUUUUCACUGUUUAUACGUAUAUUACAACAACUAUUGUUUUUUGUCUGUUAUAAAAGAUCUAAUCUAUAAAUAAUUUUCUCUAAUUAUAGGUAAUUGACAUAAAUAAUUGUCUUUAAUAAUUUAAAUAUUUUAAAUGCUUACCUAUCCAAGACAAAAUGUAAUCAAUUCGAAAUCAUACGAGGUAAUUAAUGUCACCUUCAAAACCUAAUAAAUCAUCAUAAUAUUAAAUGUAAGACGAAACAAUUGUCUAAGCUAUUUCCAAAGAUCAUGUAUUAGAUUUUAUUUAUUUUAAAGUGUUCUUAGGCCAAGGUCCCCCAUACUCAAAUUUUCCCUCUCUAGUCCGUAAAAUAUUUAAAUUUUAAAUAAUACAUAUCAUGAUUAACUUAUGUUGAAAAAACCAUCCGAUAAUAAUAAUAAUUAUAAAAUAUAACGCUAGGAGGUAUUUUAUUUUACUAUUGAAAAACUGAAAUUUCUUUAACAUGUACGAGUAUAUGUUAUAUUGUAUAUGUUAUAUUGUAUAUGUUAUAUUGUAUAUGUUAUUAUUGAUAAAAAUCACUAUAAGUAAAAUACGGAUUCAAAUAUUCAUCACAGUACUCUGUCGACCGUGAAUGUAUAAAACUUUAAGUUGCACAUUACAUGCCGAGUAAUGGUACGUUCGGAUUUUGAACAAAGUGAUGAAUAUGUUGGUUUAAUAACUACUGUUUACUUUUUGGCCUAAAAAAAGGACAAGUGAUCAUUGUUGUAGAAUUUUUAAUCCAAUUGAUGAUUAAGAAGUCAUUAUUUGAUUUUCUUAGUAAUUUUUUAAUAUUUGAGCAUUAACUGAAAAAAACGUAGAAAUACCCGGGACGUUAAGGAAAUAAUGGUUUCAUGGUUUUCAAUUUUUUUUUUGUCGUAAUUCAAUUAAAAAUAUUUAUAGAAAUUUGAAAUGCGAACAAAAAGUUUAUAUUUGCCUCUUCUAGAUCUGUUAAUUUAAAUUAAAUUAAUUUUCUUCGCUUUUUCAUUUAUUAAUAUACAUUGUUUAGUGUUUAUAUGUUGAUAUAAUAAUAUAAUAUCGUACGAAUAGCUUUCCCCUUGUGAGUAAUAAGAGGAAGAAAACAUAAAUCGCUAACUUUAAUUCUAUAAAUAUACUUUAACAAGAAUCAUUUGAUAUAGUAUGUUUCUAAAUAAUAAACUAAAAAAUAAUUUUAUAUCAUCAUAAUUAGUUAUGUAACGGGUAAGGCCGGUUUUAAAGCGGUGAAUUCCACGCUUAUAGUCUAUAGAGGCCUUCUCGUUAAUAUACAAUCGCUUUGAAAAGUUCUUUUCUCCGGUAUUAUGAUGAUUGUUGUAAAUUGAUUGAAAACCAUAAGCUUUUUAGUGAAGUUUUUAUAAAAAAAGCAUUUAUACAAAAAACUUCUUUUAGGUAGUUCUCUGCAUCCGCUCAUCUGUUUAAACACUCUUCCGGUUCCUCAGAUUCCGGGGUUUCUGCAAUCGGUUCUUUAAUAAAAUGCCAUUAAACUGACGGAGACUGACUUAAAAUUGUAUUUUAUAUCCAUUUAUACUUAAAUUUUGGUCAAUUUUUAAUGUAUUUUUUCAAUGAUUUGGUCAAGUACAGAUUAUUUUUUUGUCAUGCAAAAUUUGUCAGAUAUUUUAAACUUACUAACGAUGCCUUUUUUUAUAUACAUUUGUCUUUAUAUUUGUCUAUAUCCUCUAUUUGAAUCACUAGUAUACAUACUAUGUAUAUUAUAUUUAUAAAUUUAUACUUUUUUUUUUUUUAAUGCAAUUUUAACCAACUGUUAUAAUAAUAUCGACUAUACCACUCGUAUACAUAACGUUUACAAAAUUAUAGUAUUAAUGCGAAACGAUCAGUAUUUUAUACUAUAAUAGUUAUACUAAACACAAAACGAAACAAGCCUGCAACUUAUAACGUGUUAUUUAUAAAUGUAUAGUGUGGAUAAAAUUAUACGAAAAUAUCCAUGUUCGUUAUUAAUUGAUUAAUGAUAAUCAAUUGUAAUAAUUUGAUUCGUAGUGAUGGCACCUUUUCGUGAAUAAUUCGUAAUUAUUUAAUUAUAUAAUGUUAUAUUUAUCCGUCAGUAUAAUGAUUACAGCGGGCUUAGCUGUAUUAUACCCGUAAUAAAGCCAACUGUUGCCGCCACGCGUAAAUCAUAUUAGCACAUAUUUUGCAUUUUGUUUUAAAACCUUGAAGCUUGAUAAUGAAUUCAGAGAGCGCCUUUCACUAUAUUCCUUACGCGUAUUAAAUCUUGAACAAUAAUUACGAAUAUAACAACUAUUAAUAAAAUACACAAUUAUAUUGAAAUUAUUACUAUACCCGCCGUUUAAUGUUUAAUUUAAUAAUAAUAUUUUCAAUACACCUAAACUCAGGGAUGGAUCCAGGGGAGCCUAAGGACCCACCCCUUUCCCUAGACAUACUAUUUCUCCGAUAUUUUUUAUUAUUCUAUGAUCUUGAUAUUACUUUAUUCUAAUCACUGAUAGGUAUGAUAAAAUAAUAUAUUAUAUUAUAUUUUAAUCGUAUUUGUGCUGUAAAAAAAUCAAUGCCCCCCCUCCUUAGAUCUUUGCACUGGAUCCACGUCUGCCUAAACUACGACAUGUUUGAAUCGUAUUUUUAUUUUUUAAUAAUGACUUAAUGACGUCGUAUCCAAACGUAUAUUCAAACACCUAUAUUAUAUGUUUAUACAAUGUUAUUAUUUAUUUAUAUGUUGGUUUUUUUUUCGUUUUAUAAUUUUAGAAUUGGCUUCGUUCGAAAAAAAUUUCCUCAAUUACAAACCGGCGGAGGUUCCGGAAGAACUGAGACACCUGCCCGAUCGCGUUUCCGAGAGUUUCGCCGGCAAAACGAUAUUCAUCACCGGCGGGUCGGGAUUUCUUGGUAAAGUUCUAGUCGAGAAGCUAUUGAGGAAAUGUCCGAACGUCGAGAGAAUUUAUUUACUGCUCAGAACGAAAAAAGGCAGCAAUCCGAAACAAAGAAUAGACACUAUUUUUUCGUCCGUGGUAAGUGCCGUGUGCAGUUCCGGUACCAGGUCAUAUUCACCAUGAAAUGUAAAUUACUAUUAUUUACUUUUGUUGUAGUGCAGGUAUCGCAGCUAUUAUGCAUCUCAAUUAUUCGGUUUUAGAUUUUUAAUAUUUUUUUUUUUUUUAAAUUAUUUUUUAUUUUUACUUUUUUUUUCUAUCUUUUUUUAUUACGUAUUUACACGUAUUUGAUUAUUCAUUAGAUAUAGCUAUAUUAUAAUAUUAUUAUUAUGCAGGAACAAAUCACGAAUAAACGGUUUUCAGGGGUACGCAAUGAAACGGUCUUUAAAACAGUGGCGUAGCGAGAGGGGGAGUUUUGGUGUUCAAACACCCCCAUUUGACCAUAUUUAUGCCAAAAAUUAUAACUUAUAAAUAUAUAUCUUAUAUUUAUUAAAUAUAAUUUAUACUAUAUACAGUUAUGCAUUAGAUUUCCGGACCUACUCCCCUGUAAAUCCGCCACUGAGUAUAAUGUAUAUUAUGUAUAUUAUGUUAUAUGUGUGUUAUAUGUACACAAUGAAGUUAUAAAUAAGUUACUUACAAACAAAAAAUAAAAACAUCCCCCUAAAAAAUGUCUGGCUACGACACAGCUUUAAAAUAAAACUUAAUCUCGUCAUGUAAACACUUUAAAACGGUUUAAGAACGUCAAACCGUUUUUUAAAUUAUCGAAUGAAUAUAUUAUAAACGCGAUUUUGAAUCCUCAUCACUUUAUCAGUUAUUUUGUUUGUGCGUUGCAUGGACAAUUAUUAUGAUGUUUUUUUUAAAAAAAGUAUAUACAUUUUUUAAAUGAUUAAAUUUUAAACCAUUUUAACACCGUCGUAUAUGCGUACUCUAUUCAUAUUAUAUUAUUAUAAUAUUAUACGGCGUGAAUUGUCAUUCGGAGAAUCUAAUAAAAAUCUAAUGAGAGUAUCUUUUAUAAAUAGGAACUAUUGGUCCACUUAAAACAAUUUUGGCACUAGAAGUCCAGAGCCGUUCGUAUUGUGGUGACAAUCGGUGACGCAUGCACACACUGCUAUUUUAUACACGUGUCUUUGCCUGUAUACGAAACGCUAUAAUUUUAUAAUUUUUUUUUAGAUUUUAUUUUACUUCUAAUUUUUUUUCAUUAUUAUUGUUGUUAAUUGAACGGAAUAUAACAGUUAUAUUAAUAAUUGAUAGAUGGAGGGGGAGUAACCGUUAAAUAUAUCGGAAAAUAAAAUUGUAUUAAUUAAACGCGCGUCGGUUUAUAAAAAAAGUAACAAUACGCAUUUAUAACUAUGAUGUCUGUUUAGUGAACAACUUUCGGCCUUGUAAACUGGAUCGUUCGUAAUUGGGAAUUUCAUAGGAACUUUUUCGUUACAUUUAGAAUCGAUCAGAAAGUUAUCGAGUUUUUUUAGUUUUGGCUACGUAAAUAAUAUCGACUAUAAUUACGUUACGAUAUUUUUGUAAAAGCGUUUAAAGAUAAGAUUUUGACGAAAUUCGUAAAAAUUGCAUAUAAUUAUUAAUUAUUAAUUUUUAAUUUUUUCGUUAACGCAACCAUUUUGUUUUUACAGAUUAGAAUUUACUAAAAGAAAAGUUUAACCGAGCUCAGAAUCGUAUUUUUUUAAUUAUUAUUUUUAAUUUCUGCAUGAUUUAUGGCCGCAUCCAGGAUUUAAAUGAAAAUUACUCUAUAUACCUACCUUAUAUUUUUAAUGAUGUCAAUAAGAAUAUUAUUUCUUAAAAUAUCAAUUCGAAACCGUCAAUUGGAAACUUUACAAUUCUAACAACCGUCCGUUUUUGUCGUGUGCAUUUUAGUUGUUCGACUUAGUGAAGGAAAUGCACGGCCCAGAAGUGAUAAACAAAGUUAUUGCAAUCGCCGGAGACGUAACCGAAUCGAAUUUGGCCAUCAGCGAGUCAGACCGCCAACUAUUGGCCGACACUGUCCAGAUUGUUUACCACGCUGCCGCGACAAUCCGUUUCGACGAGUCACUGAGAAAAGCCGUUUUGCUCAAUACCAGAGGUACGAAACUCGUACUGGAACUGGCCAAAGAAAUGAAACAACUAGAGGUCAGUAACAAUGUCGUCAAAUUAGAAAAAAAAAACUCCAAUUUCAUUUUUAUAACACUGCUAUCAGAUUAAAAUAUUAUUUUGUGUACCGAAAAGUAAUAAAUAAUUUUUAGUGGAGAAGUUUGAGAAGACUUAUUAUGUAUGAUUAACGUGAACAAAUUUAGAUUUGGAUCGAAUUUUCCUCCAAGAAUGAGAUAGGUACCUACCGUUUUCUUCCACUGUCCAGUUUUCUCUCUCUCUCAAUAAAAGAAAAGUAGAUAAUUUCCAUUUUCCUCCAAACAUUUCUUUGGACUUGAACUUCAAGUAUUGAAGUAUACAAUGUCUACUUUUUUUCCGAAUAUUAAAAACGAUUUAAAGCUGACUACAUACCACGUGAUUCGGAUGGAGCACGUCAUAUUAUAACAGUUACAAAAAAUAUCAACUUUGAGACCACGGUAAGAAAUAUUCCUAUAAUAAUACAUAAGACAAACGACAAAAACAUAUUGACUUAUUAGUAUCCAGUCUUGGUUUCAAAAAAAUAAAUGUUCAGAAAAAUAAUCUUGGCCGAAUAUAAAUAAUUUAUAAAGGUAGGAUAUAAAUUAUUAAGGAAGUGGCCGUUUGUUAUUUUAGUACUGGAAGAAAAUGGCUACGGCCAAAUUUCGACGUUUAUGUGUCCAAUUUUUAUUUUUAUUUUUCCCAAACAACUAUUUUAAUCCGUUAAUUUAGAAUACAAACAAAUUUAUAUUUGCCAUGUGAAAAUGUUUACGUUAACGGCUAUUUUUGUUUUAAAAUAUCGUAAAUAUUUAGGCGAUGGACAUUAUAUAGAGUCGGACAGCAUAUUUAUAUAACUCUAACACAGGUGAUGUUAAAAUUAUUAUUCGUAUUAAAAAAUCGAACUGAAAAUGAUUUCGUUUUCAUUUUUUCUUUUUUCAUAUAUUUUUCAAAAAGUUAUAUUUCAAUGUCAAAUAACUAUAUUUUUGAUCAUUAUUGCAUAAAUAGAAUAAAAUAAAUAGAUAUAAAAAAAAAUUACAAAUACAAAAUAUUUUUUACAAUUCAUUCUGAUGCUCUCAAUAGUAAAAAAAAAAAAAACAUACAAUUACUACGAUAGUUUUAAAAAAAUGUGUCGACACUUCAAAAAAAAUACUUAAAUAAAUAAUAAAUUAUAAAUAUAAUAUUUAAUAAAUUAUUAAAUAUUUAAAACAUUUUUUAGAUAUUCAGUACAGGGAUAAAGCGAUUAGUGUUAAUAUGAUUUAUUUGUUUUCUCGAAAAAUUCGUUUUUGGCUAGUAAAAAUGCUCAGAUUUGUUUUUUAUCUACGUUAAAAGAAGCGUAUUUUUGAUCUGAUGUUACUUCAUUUGAAAAAAUGUCUAGAUUUCAAAUAAUUUUACUAUAAAAUAAAAAUUCAAAUUUUGUUGUUAAACAAAAUCUAACAACAAAUGUUGAUACAUUCGUUUUAUUUUUAUUGAUUUCUGAAUUAUCUUGGUUACGGGACAAAAAAAUACGACUAUUAAUACUAAUACUAUUAUUACUACCCAGCUCGUAAUCGUAAUUUUUUGUUCGCAACAAUUUAUCAUUGUAUAUAGAGUAUACAGUGUAUAGGCUAAAUUACCCUCUACAUUUUACUUUCCCAAUUACCUACCUAUAUAACAGUGGUCUACUCAUGAGCAGCAUCAACUUUUUUUAAGGCAUUCUCGUCUUGUUAAAUAACUUGUCGAAACAUAUAAUAAAUUAAUGUUCACCUAUUAUAUUAUUUAAUUUUACUAUAAAUAAUGGGUACUUGCAUAAUUUAGAACAUUAACUGUAUAUUGCAGCAGGCCAUGCGAAAACUAUAAACGAAUGAACCGAUAACCUCCUAUGUAUAUAUUAUGUUAUAUCAUUAUACAUAAUUAUAAUAUACCUUCUAAAACCCGAUUCGAAAAAAUAUUCUGACUGCAGGCAUUCAUGCACGUGUCGACGUCUUACUGUCAUCUGGACGAAAAAGUUUUGUUCGAAAAGGCGUAUCCGCCACCGGUCGACCCGCACAAAAUCAUUCAAAUCAUGGAACUGUUGGAGGAACCUUUUGUCGAAUCCAUAGCUAAACAGUAGGUUUUAUUUUAAAUACAUCAACGUUAAAUUCUUUGUUUAGAUUAUUUCACCGCUGUUUAUGUUCAUUACUGCAGGAUACUCGGCAGUUUCCCGAACACGUAUGCGUUCACAAAAUGUCUGUCCGAACAUUUGGUCGUCGAACAAAUGAAAGCUGGUUUGCCUUGUCUCAUUGCCCGUCCGUCAAUCGGUUAGUAUAUAAUAAUAAUAAUAUCAAUAUUAUGGAAUGUAUGUAAAUACAUUCAUCGUUUAGUGGAGUAAACUGAAUGGGGUGAGGGGGGUGGAGAAGUUGGGCAAUUAUUUAAUAUUACAAUAAUUUGAUAAAAUAUAUCAAAUUAAUUUCGGUGAUUCAAAUUAAGUUAGAUAUUCUUCAACCAUAACAAUGUAGUUUCAAAUAUAUUCGGCAUUUUUGAAGUAAGUGAUAUGAAAUUGUUUGACGUUUUAUCGAACAAGAAUCCCAGAGGACUAUAAUUAAUUAUAUAAUAAGUUAUACGGUUAAACAGUUGAAAAUUUAUUCUUGAAAUACUGUUUUAAUAUUUUUACUAGUAUCAUAAAAGGCCAUGUUUAUCGGUCUCUGCUGUUAGAUCGACACUCGGUCAUGGACACUCCGUUUGCCAGGUGAGAAAAAUCGUCUGGUACAAAGAAGCUGCCAUCAUCUUUUACUCCAGUGACGGACUGAAGUCCUUGAUAUCGAAUUUGUCUAUAUACCCUAUUACGAUUUCAGCGUUAAUCCAUCAAGGCCAACCGAUAUACAUACAUCGAUACAUCAACGAUUGAUGUGUAUAUAUUAUACAUGCAUACAUAUCUUACAAAACAUCUAAAUCAGUUUAAAAGUUUAAGAGUUAUGGUGGAAUAAAAAUAACUUACGUGCAUAGAUAUAAACAUGAACCAUAAACCCAAUUUUACGAGUGUAUAAAUAAUAUGUCUUUUUAUAUUUCGAAAAUUAAGUGCAUAAGUAUAGAUAUACUCAUUUUCCAUUAUUAGUAUAGCGAUGUUAGUUUGCAAUUUUCGUUACAGAAAGUCUUUAACUGUGGAAAUAAAACUCACUUAAAAAGGUGCUAAUGAUAAAACCCGUUCUUCCAAAAAUAAAAAUCCGAAUACCCAAAGUGCGAGAAGUUACUGCGAACCUGUACAUACAUAGCUCCCUUUUAAUUUUCGUAAUCCCCAAGCACAAAAGGUAUAGACGCCACAAAGUGCAAAGGGGUGAAUAAAUCUUCUAAGAAUUAAACCAAACCCCAAACCAAAAAGAUCAUAUCCAUUUUAGGUGAAAUUGGUUCUACACAUAAAUGAGAACAUAUGCAUGUUAAGUUUGUACAGAAAAAAAAUUUGAAAAGCUCGAUUUAGAAGAAAGAUGUGUAGAUUAAUUGCAUCAAAGAUUAUAAAAAAUGUCAAUAACUUUUGUUUAAAAUUUAAAAAUUUAAAUUGAUAAUGGUUUAUCAUUUUGUAUUUAUAUCGCAGUAAUUCCGGUUUGGAAAGAGCCUCUACCGGGCUGGACAGACAAUAUCAACGGUCCAACAGGCCUGUUGAUCGGCGCAGGCAAAGGUGUCAUCCGAACGAUGUACUGCGACAACAGUGGUUACGCCGAUUACUUACCGGUCGACAUAACCGUCAACGGUAUUUUAUUAUUCACUUGGAAUUAUAUCGGCAACAAGUGAGUGUGAAUGCGUAAUAUCUAUAAUACCUAUUCUAAUGUUUGUAUGUUUUAAUUUUCUCCGAGUUUUCGAAAAAACAAAUAUGAUUUUGAAAAGAUUUUAGAAAUUUGUUUUCGAUUGAAUUAUUGCAUUAUUUACAUACACGAGGAAAUUCAUCUGGUCGUAAUAUCAUAUCUUAAUUUUUUUAACUGACAGCUCAGAACGAGUUAUUUAAAUAACCGAAUUUUUCACAAAAUUUAUUUUUUAUUAUUAAUAUUAUAAUCAAAUAAAAAAACCGGAGUUAAAGACGGGUUGUAGAAUAUUGAUAUUUCUCCUUUCUUUAAAAUGAGUAUCGGGUGGUAGAUCCGGUGGAAGAGUCAUUAAAACCGGCAUUGAGCCUCUUAAUAUUGUACAUAUUAUUUAAACAAACAAUUUGUACGCACCUAUGUAUUACAUGUUUAAUAAUUAGAUAUUAUAUUAUAAAUGUGUUCAUUUUCUUUUUCGUGUCAGUCAAAACACAUAAUUCAUAAUAUUAUUAUAUUAUUAUAAUAUUAUACAUAAACUAAAAUAAUAAAACUCAUUGUCAUAAUAUAAGAAAUACUGUCCUCAUGGUUUUGGUUUAUUCUUACGAUGUCGUAUUGUGUUAAAAAAAAAAAAAAUAACAAAGAAAAAAACGUUAUAAUUCAUUAUGUUAACAAAUUUUACAUUAUUACCUAUAUCAAAGGUGCGGAACUUGGGGGUCCGAAAUCCUUAAGUAGGCUGCGAAAUUUUUAUUAGAGGGUCGCAAAUAAUUUUACACCAAAUGAAAGUUAUAUGUAUACAUGUUAUUUUAUACAACGUAAUAUGUCUAGUAUUGUCGGUGACCAUGAUCAGAAAUUAUUACUUCCCUUUGCUUCAACUUAUUUAUGCGAAAUAGCAUAAAAAAAAACAUUUGAUAGAUGAGUUACAUAUUUAAAUCUCAUUCUAAUGAAUUCAAUAAUCAAAAUAUUUUGUUUUCGCAUUUUCGUAUAUUUUGAGAUGUUUAUAUGUAGAUACAAUUAUAAUAUGUAUUUAAAAUUAAUAUAGUAAAUAUUGUAAAUAAAUGUAUACAUGUUUUAUUUAAAUAUUUAUUUACUAUAUUUAUUUAUGAGCAUUAACCAUUUCAAUAAUUUUGUUUUUACUUUAUUAUUUUAUUAUUUAAUACAGUAAUUUAUUAGCUAAUAACGAUUUGUCGUUUUAAAUUGUUUUAAAAUUAUAUUAAAUACCAAAAAGAAAUGAGUUAAGAUUAAAAAUACAUUAUAAUCUCUAUAUAUAAAAAUGGACCCUAUUCCUAUGUCACGGCAUCACUUAAGAACAUAUUUACCGAUUUCAUUAAUCUCUUUUUUUAAAUUAAAGAAGACAUCGCGGAGCAUGUUCUUAGACGUAAAUUUAGUCCUAUAAAGUUGCGGUUCUGAGAGAAAUGUGUGGUGGUGAUUAAAUGACAAAUAUAAUAAUAUAUUUUCAAUAAAUAAAUAUAGUAAAUUAAUAAAUAAAUAAAACAUUUAUAUAUAAAAAUUAAAAAAAAAUUAAAUAAAUAAAUGAAUCAAUGCGUUUACUUUAUUAUUUUAUUUAUAUAUUUUUGUUUUUUAUAUGGUUGCUAUUAAUUGCAGAUUAAAAUAAUAAUAGUAUACUGGUUACCAUUGGUUAAUCUGCCAUGUUUGUUGAUUUGUAUUUUUUUUUUUUUUUUUCAAUAAUAUAUUUAGCACAAAUUAUAAUGAUAUCUGAGAUUUGAACUCGAUACCGUAAGGUUAGUUAUCCUAGAUCUAUGGGAUCUAUGGUAACUAAUAAGAACACAAAAUUUCAAAUAAAAUUUUUAAAACUGCUUGCUGGAGUGUAUGAUUCUAACUGGCUAUGGAGCUAAGGAACCGGUCUUAGUUCCUAGAAUACCAAUGAUACCAACCAAUCUACCAUUCCAGUUUAAACGGCACCAAUUUCCCGUGAAACUAUUUUUCAAUGACUAACAAUAACAUACAAGGUCAAACAUUAAAUGUUGCUGGGUUAGACCUAAUUGUCCAAUAUUUUUCCCAUGAUCAAUUACUGUACGUGGCUCUGUCACGUGUUACGUGCAAAACAAAUUUAUUCGUGCUGGCCCCAAAAGGUGAGACAUUUAACGUACUGUGUCCAGAAAUAUUUAAUGCUUAAGGCAAAUAAUAAUUUAAAAUUUAAAAAUAUAUAUCAUAACAGAAUACUUUAAAUCCACCGAAGGUAGACUACAAAUUUUCGUUUAUUUGUUUUUAUUCAUUACUGACAUGGUCGAAACCAAAAAGGAAUAUGGGCAAAAAAAAUAAAAAUAGGCCGAGCAGGGCAGGCAGUUUACAAUCAAUUUUAACAAGUAACAGAGAAAAUUAAAAAUGUUAAGACACUGUAAUUAAUUUUGAAAAUUAUGUUAAGAGAAAAAGUAUCAAGACAGCCUUCCAAAAGUUCUUCAAACUAAUAAUUUUAUGAAUUUUUAUUAUUUAUUUUCACCCAUAACCGUAGUUAAUUUUUAUUUAAACAUUUAUCAAAAUCCCUAAUUUUUAAUUGUCAUAUUUUCAUAUAGAUAAAUACAACAUUUCGUAAUAAUUAAUAAUGAAAUUGUCUAUUUUCUAAUAUUAAUUACUGUACAAAUAAUUACUCAUUACUAAUUUUGUUUAUACAAACAAUUUGUUUGUUUUUGAAACAAAAAAAAGAAUUAAAUGCAUAUGUUAGUCGAAUAUUUAUCGACUUGAUAUUUAUGCAUUAUUUAUCGAAUAUUUCGACAGCUUUCAAUAAAAUAAAAGAUUAUCAACAAUAUUUUUAUACGGGAGUAAACAAAAAAUAACAUUAUUGUAAAUGUAUAUUAUGUUUUCAACUAUGUUGUUAUUUUUCAGAGAUAAAACCAGACAGAUCUGUCACUUGACUUCCAGUCAAGAAUGGAGAGUAACAUGGCAAGAAAUCAUUGACAUUGGCAAAAGUAUCGUAGUCAACGAAGUACCGUUAAACGGCGCCGCAUGGUAUCCAGGAGGCAGCAUGAAAAGUAGCAAACUUUUGCACAACAUAUGCGUGUUUUUCAUGCACACAAUACCGGCUUACUUUUUAGACGCGAUUAUAUUCAUGUCCGGUAAUAAACCAUGGUAAGACAGUCAAUAAAAUAUCAACCUAUUUUCAAAUAGAGCCCUAAUAUUGUAAUCAGACUCAUCAAAUUAUUUUUAAACAAAAAUGUUGAAAACAAAUACAGAUAUUGUUUGAACAUGAUUACAAAACGCGUAUUUCAGUAAUUGAUUAAAAUAUAUUUGAUUAGAUAUGGAUACAGACACUUUAGAAAAGCAUUUAUAAAUACUUUCAAGUACUUUUUUUUACAUAAGAAAAAUCGUUAUUAUUCAAUCCGUUAUUAUUUUAUAUAUGUACCAUUAGUAUAAUAUUAAUUUAAUACCAGUAUAAGCAAUGUUACUUAAAAUGUUGAAUAAAUUUCAUUUUCAACAUGAUGUAACAUGAUGCACUUAAAUUUGAAGUAUCAAAAACAAUUUUAAAAUUAUAAAACUAUCACUUUUUAACCAGUGAACUGUCUCAAGGUAGGAUAUAGAGAAUUAAAUUUAUAUCUGUAAUUAACAAUUAAUCAUUGCUGAAGAAUAAAGACUCUGAACAGAACUCAGUCAAAAGGAUUGUUUUUUCAACAAUGUUCGUUUUUAUAAAGAUUGUUUAAAAAAUAUGCAAAUAUAAAAUAAUAAAAACUUAAUAAAAAAUAUAAUUAAAACCGGUUGCCAAUGAUAACCUUACUCUUAAUUUGGCAUCUCUUAUUGUACCUAAACAAUCGGUUUUCCUCAUUGUCUCGAAUAUUAAUAAGAAUUUCAAAUGAAUAACGUUUUAAAUUACCAACUAGAGCCAGAAUGUAACAAAAAAGAUGUCAUUAUAUGUUUUGAUUGGAGCAAGAUUUCUAGGAUAAAUUAUAUAUACAGUUUAAACAAAAAUGGAAAAAAAGUAAAAAAAAAAAAAGGAAAAGGAUAAAUAUUAUUAAACCAAUACUCUAGAAUAAUUAUGAAAGUAUUUUAGAUAUGUAUUCGGUUCUUGAACACACAUAGUUCAUUUUAAAAAAUAUUUAAAGUACAAUAAGACAUUUUAGUAGGAUUAAUUGAAAUACAUACUCAAAUAUUUUGUAUCUAUUUGAAUAUUUUUACUCAAAUACUUUAUAAGUCAAAUUGUAACCCAUUGUGUGUAACCCGAAAAGUUCUAAUUAUGGGGAAAACUAGAAAUCAACAACUUCUAUGAAUAUAUAAUAACCUAGUGAACGAUGAAAAACAAAACCAAUAAAAUUUAAAGUUAUAAUUAUGAGAACGAAAAGGUUCAGGUACAUUUAAAACGUAAUUAUAUUAAAAUUAUAGAACGUUAUAUUAGACAAACAAUUAAUAUUUAGAUUAAUCGUGUAGAUAACUUCUCUGUUGAUAAAACACUUUUAAUUGCAAGACGUAUCUCAUAUUUUCUUAGUGAUUGCUCAUUUGUCUGCACGAUUUAGAACAUUUUUACCAUUAUAUAAUUCUAAAUGAAUUAAUGGCCAGGAUUUAAGUUAUUUUAGGAUUAAACGAUGCGCGCGCGCAAAAAAAAAAAAUAAAAUAAAUUAUUACACAACAUUUUGAUAUGACGAAAACGAGUGUAAUAAUAUGUAUAACAUUUGUCUAAAAUAACGAUUUCUAAAAAAUAUAAAUUCGAAUGACUGUCGCUCCAAUGUGGCGUCAAAUAAAAAUGGGAAUGAUUUCGAUAAAACAUCCAGCGCAUAAGUGACCCUAUAAUGUUUAUUUUGUUUUUUUUUUUUGGCAAACACUGACUGGUUAUUUAGCUUAUUUAUUGAGUACACAUCAAACGUCCAUAUAUUUUACUAUAGGCAUAUUGAAUGUAUAUAUAUAUAUAUAUAUAUAUUAAAAAAACUAAUAUUAUAUAAUAAUAGUUAUAAUAUAUGACCAGGCCAUUUCUAUAGAUGUUUUUUUGUGUUCAAAUUUUUGUAUUGGAUUUUUACUGCGUUCUAUAAUAAUUUAAGAAUAGACGUUCAGUAGAUAUGUACUGACAAAGUCCCCAGUAUAGACCCAAGUAUGACUACUAUUAUUAUUGUUAUUUUUUAGUAUACACAUCACUUUAACAGUCAUUAAUAAUUUAUUAAAUGUUUACCUCAGUUCUAUAAUAAUUUGAGAAUAGAAGUUCAGUAGAUAUUUACUGACAGAGUCCAUAGUAUAGACCCAAAUAUGACUACUAUUAUUAUUGUUAAUUUUUAGUAUACACAUCACUUUAACAGUCAUUAAUAAUUUAUUCUUAAAUUAUUUAUUAAAUGUUUAUCUCAGUCUAGUGCGCAUUCAAGACAGAAUCAACAAAGGAUUCGAGGUUUUUGAAUACUACGCAAACAAUCAAUGGGAGUUCAGAAAUGAACACGUCCAUUACAUCAGAAGGGUUAUGAACGCACGAGAGAAAUUCGAGUAUACGGUCGAUGGAGAUGAUAUGGAUAUCAGAAGUUAUUUCAGAGAUUGCAUUAUGGCCGCUAGAAUUUAUAUAUUAAAAGAAAUGCCAGACACCCUACCCAGAGCUAGGAUCCAUAUGAAAAUGUAAGUUUUUUAAAUUUUAGGUUAUUCAAAUGAUCUUAAAAUAUAGAAAAAAAUAUAAAAACUCAUCGUACACCUAUUCACAAAAUCAUCAAACGGAAAUUUUUUAAUUAUUUCUUUUAUGCGAAGUAUUCUCAGAUCUAUGUUAAGUUAUUUGUUGUUCUUUUUGUGCAAUAUUAUUAAAUCCAUAUUCAAAUUUCAACAUUUUACUUCCAUAAAAUAAGCGUAUUUCUUAGUCCUGAAUAUUUUUUCUUCAUGUACACAUACUUUAAGUUACUAGGCUACACUUCUAAUUAGCAAACAGUAUUUUUAUUACUCUAAACAAAACACGUUUGAAAAUAAAUCGACUAUUUCGAGUUUUAUAUUCAGCCAUGCACCACAUAGUUUUAAAAGCUCUAGCACUCCGGGGCAAGUUAUUUUUUUUUUACCCUCCCCCCCUCAUUGACAAAACCCUGGCUCCUGAUAAUAUAUAAUUAUACAUAUUAUUAGAAUUCAAAAUUCUAAAGUCCGCGAAGUUUAAAAAUAAAUCAAUUUGAGCAUUUAUCUUAAAAAAAACACACAUCAAUUUUAAAAUAUAAAAAGCUGUCUCGUUUUGUCUAGAUUUAAUAAUACCAUAGUUGGUAAUGUAUGUUACAUAAAUAUUUUUCUCAGUAUUUUAUUUGUGCAGCAUAUCAUUGUGAUAAUAAGCAAAAUAAAAAAACUUGUUUAUUCUAAAAAAAAAACCAAUUUUUUAUGUGUUCAAUAAAAGGAUAACCAGCAAGAUUUCUUCAAAUAAUAGAUAAUAUAAUAUAGAUAAUAAUUAUUGAACGUGGGAGAUGAAAGUCGUGAAAAACCGAAGAACUAUUUUACAAUAGUAAAAACACCAAAUCCAUUUAUAAAACGAUUUAUCGUAUAUUAUUAUGGAUUCCAAAUUUUUGAAAAAGUUAAUUGUUACGAUUAAUGUAAUAUUUUUGUUAUCAUUCGAUUUAUUAAUAUGAUUAUCGUUUAAAUGAUUUUUACAGAAUGUACUGUGUCGAUAUAGUAGCGAAAAUAUUGUUUUUCGGCUUACUGUUGUGGACGUUAUUCAGCUGGUCCGAUACGAUUGUGGCGUUCGGUAUAGGAUUGAUCAACAUCAUUCGUUUGUGCUUCGGUUCAGUACUGUCAGCCGUCACUGGCAAUACAACCGCCGAUUCCAUAUUGAACAAUAAGGAACUUUAAUUUGAGAUCAAUAACUAUAUUUACCUCGACAAUUCAAUUUUAUUGUUAACGAUAAAAUGAUCCUCACCAAUGUAUUAUAUAGUCUUCUAGCACCUAUCUAAUUAAUGCAUAUAGUAUUGUUAAAACGAACAAAAAAACAAAACAAAAACAAAAACUUUAAAAUAAAAAUAAUUGUUAAUUACACAAGUAUAUUAUUUCGUAUACUUUUAGGACGUCAAACCAGCAUAUUUCGCCGUCUCUGUCUAUUAUCAUAACGGGCAAUAUAUCAAAAAUGCAGUGCUUUCGUACUUCCACUAGUAUAUACUCAUGUGGGACUCGUUGGUCGCAUAAAUAUUUAAUUUCGGUGCCAAAAUAAAUGCGAGAACUUUUAUUAAAAGCCUACGGAAUAGGUUUUUUUUUUGUUUUGAAAUUUGUUUUCCAAUUUUUAAAAUUUAUCUUAUUAAAACGAAAUCAUACUCAACGUGACAAAUAGUAUAGUAUUAUAUUAGAAGUACAAAAACGCAUUUUUUUUGCGAGCAGAAUUGUCAAAUGUAUGUUUGACGUCCUCUUAAAAUGGCUACUUUUUUCUUUUUUUGUACUAUUUUAUAAACUUUAAAACCGAGUAUAGAUAGAUAUGUAUUAUCGUAAUAUUUAAACAUUCGUAUAAAAUAUUAUAUAGGUACCAUAAAUAUAUUUAACUUAGUUAAUUAAUAUUUUGUUAUACAUAUAUAUAUAUAUAUAUAUAUAUGUUUUUAAUUAUUUUACAGUUUCCAUACUAAUAUAUUUAUAGUUAUAAAUAUAUGAUAUUUUUAUUUUCAUAUUUUAAACACAAAUGUGCUUUUUUUUUCAAUGCAGCAAUUUAUUAAAUUAGGUAUUCUUUAAUAUGAUUAAGUCUAAUCUAAUCAACUAUAUAGUUUAUUUUGUAUACAAUAAAUAUUAGGUUUAUACCAUUCAACGAUUUUUUUUUUAUACAUAAUACAUUUUUAAAAUUUUAUUUUCAAAAUCAAAUAUACGAAAAACAUAAUAUAUCUCAUACUUACAGCCAUAUUAUACGGUUUGCUUGAAUACCUAUUAUAAUACGUAAAAUAUAAUUUGAAUAUCUAUUUUAUUUUUAACACAAAUUAGUAUUAACUUAGUAUAGUUAUCUACGUUUAUAAAUUUUGUAAACCAACGUAUUUUAAUAAUAAUAAUAAACCACUACAAUAUACUUAUAUGCACGUAACUAUUUGUUAUUAUGCG